CAGGUUCCCAGGUUCAUAGCCGUGCGCGUAACCUGGUAAAAGCUACGGCUAACCCUAACUUGCCUAUCCAAAAACAGAAAACCUCGAUUCCUUUCAAGAGAUGUGAGAGUGUGUCGCGUGCGUGUGUGUGUGUGUGUGUGAGAGAGAGAGAGAAACCUGAUGCCGCCGGAGCCGGACGGAGAUGAUGCCGCCUGCCGGUGGAGAUUGGAGAGGAAGGUGCCGCCUGCCGGUGGAAGAGAAAGAUCGCAGGCGAGAGGAGAGAAACAGUAAAAAAAUAAAAUAAAAUAAACCCUAAAAAUUAGACCAUAUUAGACUCACUCUCAUUUGACCGCUGCGAGUAAAGAGGAUUUUAAUCGGGUGCUGCUGACCGCACCCGAUUCUUCUUCGACUGGUUUGGGUGUCACUUGCACCCGCAUCGGUCGACGCGGGUGCGAGGCCAAAAAUGGCGUACCCUGGUGACAUUGACUACGUUUGAUCAGGCUACCGCUACACUUGGUCCGGAUGAAGUUCAACUUCAAUCGAUCCCAAUUUUGAAGCCCCUCGGGACCUCGACCCUCCUCUUCCCCUACUCGGCCGAGCAAUACCAACGACGCUGUCCAAUCGAAGCACACGCCAAUGGCGGCGGUACUGCGAGCAGUCGGGCGUCUCCUUCGAAACCCAUCUCCGUUUAAUGCUGCCCAUCGUCGCCAACUGCCUCUGCAGCUCAGUUUCGACAGAGGGGUUGCCUCCAAGGUAUUCGUUGGAGGACUAUCUUUUUACACAACAGAGGAAUUGUUAGCUGGAGCUUUUGCACCGUUUGGUCAGGUUAUAGAAGCCUCUAUAAUUAUGGACAAGGUGUCUGAAAGAUCUAAAGGCUUCGGGUUCGUGACAUUUGCAUCAGAAGAGGAAGCCGAAAAGGCCAUAAAAGAAAUGAAUGGCAAGAUCUUGAACGGUAGAGUGAUAUUUGUAGAUAAUGCAAAACCCAGGACACAGUUUCAGGAUUCUGUGCCAAGAGCUCGAGGACCACCUACGAGGAACAACUGAUGUGGGCCUCAGAUCGAGACAUAAUGAUGUUAACCUUUCAUAGCACUGUAAAACUUAGAUUUUGUUACCACUAGAAUUGUUUCAUAAUUUGGGCGCAGUUCUUAGAGGUUCUCCUUGUUACCGGGAAAAAGAGCUUUGAGCAAAGCUCGUCUUUCAUA